AUGGAAAGUCGAAAUUCUAUGAGAAGUUGGUCAGUCCAUGAAGUAAAUUCUGCUGAAGAAGAAGAUGUGUUUUCCUUUCCACACCAAAUGCCUCCUCUUGAUUUUGGGUUUCCAGAGGUAGGAUGCAACGGUUAUGAUUUGCUGCCCAUCCCACUAGACCAGCAUCAGAAUGGAUUUGAAGAUCCUGUGACUUGUGCUCUUGGAGAUGAUUUGGUGAAUGUCUUUGGAAUCAACAAUGAGUUGAUCAGUAACCAGAAUCAAGAGACGCCCAUGGUGAACUCAUGUGGGUUUUCUGAUCAAAACCAACCCCUUAUGAUAACUUCUACGGACGAGGAAAAUUCUGGAAAGAUUAUGAAGAAUAAGAUGAUGAAUGAUAACGAAGCUAUGAAGGUGGAGGAGAUGCUGGAGUUAGAGAUGGAGGUGGCGGUUAUAAGGAAUCCAAAAGAAUCGGAGAAAGAGAGAGUCGAUCACAAUGGCAAUGGUAGUGGUUCUAGUUAUACCUCCAAGAUAAUGUUAAGUAGGGAAACAAUAUCACAAUAUUUCUACAUGCCAAUAACACAAGCUGCGAAGGAGCUCAAUGUUGGAUUGACGCUGUUGAAGAAACGUUGUAGGGAAUUAGGCAUUCGUCGUUGGCCACAUCGCAAACUUAUGAGUCUUCAAACUCUCAUCAACAAUGUCCAGCAGGAAUUGGGUAAAGAUACAGGAGAAAGAGAAGAAGAGAAGUUGAGGGAAGCAGUAAUGAUACUGGAGAAAGAGAGAAGAAUGAUGGAGGAGAUCCCAGAUUUGCAGCUUGAACAUAAUACCAAAAGACUGAGACAAGCCUGCUUCAAGGCCAACUACAAGAGAAGAAGAACGUCCACUUUGAUAUCAGCAACUGCUCAACGGCAAUCAUUGUCUUCAUGUCCCACUACUAAUUGCAGCAUUAAUCCCGCUGGUUAUGGGCUCUUAGAUGAUGAUUCAGGUCAUUAUGAAGAACAAGAAGAGAUGAAGUCUAUAUUGUUUUCUGACUGCUUUCCUUCUUCGAGCGACAAUAUCUUUUAA